GAAGCAAAUUAAGAAGAGUGGAGGAAAUACUCUGAAUCUCGAAACUGAGACUGUUCCAAUAAAUAUUGUAACCCAGUGAAGAUACCCGCAGUUGUAUCUAUAAUUAAGUAAAAAUGUCAUCCUCUCCGACUUCCAGCAGCCCAACGGAUAGCUCUAACAGUUCGGUUGCCGUUUCAAUUGCUGCAGCAACGACCGCGCCCGCACACAAACAACAAAACGAUAGCCAAAAAACGUUUACGUUAUCUGAAAAUGAGCGCCUUACCUUUGAAGUUUACCGUUACUCCAGUUAUUCGCCAAACUAUUUGCCCGAAAACGUACUUGUUGACUGUCCCAAUGAUCAAACAUCACGCUGGUCCGCCUACACAAACAGCCCACCGCAGUACCUCACACUAAAGCUUAAAAGACCCGCCAUAGUUAAGAAAAUAAAAUUUGGUAAAUUUGAAAAAUCGCACGUUUGCAACAUCAAAAAGUUUCGCGUCUUUGGCGGCUUGGACGAUGAGCACAUGGUCUUGCUCCUGGAAGGGGGGCUUAAGAACGACAAUAUACCGGAAGUGUUCAAUCUGCGUUGCAUGACUGAGGAUGGCUCCGAAAAUCUACCAAUACUUUAUCUUAAAAUUGUGCCAUUGCUGUCGUGGGGACCAUCGUUCAACUUUAGUAUUUGGUACAUCGAAUUGCAUGGCCAGGACGAUCCGAUGUACACAUGUGCGCGGAUGAAGAACUAUAAUACACUACGCGAAAUUGAGAUUAUAAAGCUCUGCCUGAAGCACUUUCGGCAACAGGGCUAUGUGAAGGCGUUUGAAGCGCUGCAGGAGCAGACAAACGUCCGUCUAGAGCAUCCGCUUAUAAGCGAACUGCACAAAUACCUGGUAGUGCAAGGUGAUUUUGAAAAGGCAGAAUGUUUUAUUGCCGAGUGCAUUGAUGAGGGGCUAAUGGACGAGUACUUGCUUAAGCAGGACUACAAGCAUGCCUGGCACAUAAAGCAAACCGAAAGUGAAAUAAAGCCUGGCAAUCGUGGUGGUCAUCAACUGGUGGUCGAUACCAAGAAGCGUCUCAUAUACUUGUACGGUGGCUGGGAUGGCUACCAAGACCUCAGUGAUUUAUGGGUGUUUAAAAUCGAGUUGGACGAGUGGGCCCUGCUUUGUGAACGAUCUGAACUUUCGAACGGUCCAACUCCACGAUCCUGCCAUAAAAUGGUAUUUGAUCCAAUCAGUGAAAACAUUUUUAUGCUGGGUCGUUAUUUGGAUAAUUCGAUACGCACUUCCGACUAUAUCAAGAGUGAUUUCUAUUUAUACGAUACGCGCACGCGCAAUUGGAUGCAAAUUUGUGACGACACCAGUCAAGUGGGUGGGCCACAGCUCGUUUACGACCACCAGAUGUGCAUAGACACCGACAAGCGUACAAUCUACGUGUUUGGUGGCAAAAUACUAACGCCUCGCAGUGUUAAUGCCACUGGCUCCAUUGAGCCAGAGUAUUCCGGUCUAUUUUCAUAUCACAUAGCGACAAAUACUUGGACACAAAUACUUGUGGACUGUCAUCAUCCGAGUGCUGCGCAAGCUGAUGUCAUGUCGAUUAAAUCCCGCAUAACCCAUUGCAUGGUGUUUCAUAAUAAACAACGAAAAUUAUAUAUUUACGGCGGUCAACGCGGAAAGGAGGAUCUCGAUGAAUUUCUGAGCUAUGAUGUGGACACGCAGGCCAUUUCAGUUCUUAAUAAAGAACAUCAGCAUCAGGGCACUGCGACCAGUGCAGAGGCAAAAUUUGAACCAUUACCGGGCUUCACACUGCGCGCCACCAUUGAUUGUGAUCGUGAUGAAAUUUAUAUAUUUUCCAGUCUAAGCAAGUUAAAGGACCGCCGAGAAAUGCAAAAAGUGGAAACCUCUAAGACAUCGAAUUCAUUCUGGGUGUACUCCCUGCGUAAUCACAAAUGGUCGCGCAUCUAUUACUCUUGUCACACUGCUCAUGAGGGUACAUCGAUUAACAUAGCCACCGUUUUGGGCACCAAUAAGAACUCUGGUGUUGCCGAACCGUGUCCCCGCUAUGCGCACCAGCUUGUUUAUGACGAGAUGGCUAAGACACACUAUCUCUUCGGUGGCAACCCAGGAAUAUGCCAAAUGCUGCAAUUGCGUUUAGAUGACUUUUGGCUGCUCUGUUUGGAAAAACCGAAACGCGAUGAGAUACUAAACCAUUGUCGGUAUUUAGUGCGUAAGUUGCGCUAUGAAGAAAUGACACGUAGUGAGCCUCUGGUUGCCAUGCAAUACCUAAGACAUCAAAUAGCUGAUGUUAUAGAUCACAACGACGCCGAGCAGUUGCACAAUUUCCAUAAAUUGGCUUCGCUUCUUUUUAAAAAUCACGAUUGUGCAAUGGAUCAAAGUCCUUUAGCCACACCCGCCUUGUGUGCUGAUACUGAAGAGAAAGCUGAAAGUGCAUCUGGUGCUGGCGAUGCAGAUAUUCCGAAAGACAUUGUGGCCGUGAGUCCUGCCGAAAAUCUGUCUAUUGAGUCAAAUGAUAGCACAGCAACAUCCGGAAUUUCGGAGGCAGCAUCGAACACCUCGGCGUCGUCGAGUGUUAAACGCGCUCGUCGCGAUAGCAGCUAUGAAAUGAAAAAUCGGCGUGCUUUUCUAUUCAAUAAAUUGGUGCAAUUAAUGCCACCAAGCAUGGUACAGCCUGAACGAAACCUCAGCGAUUUUGUGGUCAUGUAGAGAAAGACCCGCUUUUUAAGUUUACGACAGAUUCUUAGGAUUAAGUUGAUCAGUUGAUGCGUAUUUAAAGUCUAAAGUAGAGGAGCUAAUGUGCUAAAUGCUUCAUGUGAUGUUUAGUUGAUGUUUUGUUUGUAUUGUGAAAAAGUCAGCCAAAGUUGUAUUCAAAAUGUAAACCUGGCCCAAAAAAAAAAGAUGAUUUUGUGAUAGUGAAUUUUUAGUAAAGUACCGAAGGGCUCGAUUUUACAAGGCUUAGUUAGCUCUUAGUAAAUGGAUUUCAAUCAAUGUCUAGAACUGAAUAUAAACUCUAACUAAUAGGCAUGUGAUUUAACUCGGCGCUGCAAAAACGAGCUUAAGUCCCUGCGGCCGAUUUGUAAUAUCAUAAAAUCGCCCCCCAAGUCUGUAAGCGAAGAAAACGGUCGACGGACUUUAAAAUAUAUAAUUAAGUUUUGAAAUAAAUUCUUUUUGUAAUUUUCA